AUGUUCAUUAGUGUUUUUCAGGAAAAAUGGAAGGAUUUACCAAAAAUUCUGCAGAAGCGCUAUUCUAAUCGUGCUUACAGUGAUGAUAUAGUGACGGUUGAUGGUAAGCUUGAUGUGUAUUGCUCUUGGCUUAUACGUCUUCUUAAGCCAUUUUUGAAAAUAUUUAAUGUAUUAGUACCAUAUCAGGGUAAAAAUAUACCUGUAAGCGUGAGCUUUGUGAGUAAGUCGGAUUCUGAAAUACUAUACUUUAAUCGCACCUUCUCUUUUCCUGACAAAAAGCCGUAUCGUUUUUAUUCCCGUAUGGUACGUCUGAAAGGAGACGACGUAAUAGAAUUCAUGCGUUUCAAUAUAGGAUGGCGCAUGCGUUGUUUUUAUGAUGGAAAGAAAGUAGUACUGCAGCAUAGAGGGUAUGUGUGGAAAUUUUUUGGGCUCUUAAUCCCUCUACCAAUUAAUCUAUUGAUAGGAAAGGGUUAUGCAGAAGAAGAGGCAAUAUCAGACAAUGAAUUUAGAAUGUACUUUGAAAUAAGACAUAGAUUAUUUGGUAAAGUAUACGGUUAUGGCGGAAAUUUCACUAUUAAGGAGCAAGAGAUCUGA